AUGCCCACCUUGCCCACACUAUUCUUCAUGGCCAUCUUCUUCCUGGGGUCCUUGGCUGCCAUGCUGCAGAAUGGCAUCAUGGCAGCCGUACUGGGAUGGGAGUGGGCCUGGGGCCAUGCACUGCCUGCGGGGGACAUGAUUGUGGCCUGCCUGGCCACCUCCCGGCUUGGCCUGCAUGGCAUGAGCAUCGUGAACAGUCUCCUGCCUACCCUCAGCAUCAGGGACAACGUGCACUACAUCCGCAUCCUCUGGGACUUCAACAACAUGCUCAACUUCUGGCUGAAUGCCUUGCUCUCUGUCUUCUACUGUGUGAAGAUUACCUUUUUCUCCCACCCUGCUUUCCUCUGGCUCAGGUGGAGGCUUUCCCGCUCUGUGCCCACGCUGCUGCUGGGCUCCCUGGCCAUCUCCGUCCUGACCACCAUCCCCUCAGUCAUUGGGCAUAUCAUUGCAAUUCAGAUGGCGGCCUCCAAGACUCCCCACACCAACAGUAGCUGGGUUGAUCAAGCGAUAACCUUCCGUCAGAAGUUCUUCCUGCUCCAUGAGACUCUGGUGCCUUUGUUGCCCUUUCUGCUGUUCCUGGUAUCCACUGCUCUGCUCAUAUUCUCUCUAUGGCAGCACCUGCGUCAGAUGCAGGGUAGCCAUCCCGGGCCUCGGGAUCCCAGCACCCAGGCACACACCGUGGCCCUCAAGUCGUUGUCCUUCUUCCUUGUCUUCUACACAUCCUACUUCCUGUCCCUGAUUGUGACCGUGAUGAAUCUUAUGCCCCUGCAUCUCCAUUGGUACUGGGUCUGGCAGGUGGCGAUCUACACCAGCAUCUCUUUACACUCCACCUUCCUGCUUCUCAGCAGCCCCAGGCUCAGGAGGGCCCGAAAGAAUGGGCUGCUGGACUGCUGGGCCAUAGGCUGUAGGGGCCUGGACAGAGGAUAG